GGGCGAGUCCCCGCCCCCUCCCCCAGGCUGCAGUGGGGCUGACGCAAAGUUACCCGGUCAGCGUAGAGCACCGGCUGCUACCUUUCCGUAUUAAACUCAACAUUCUUUAAAGACAAAACCAGCGACUUUCAGCGGGCUGCUGCUGCUGCUGUACCAGAGCCGACAUGGCGACGGAGAUAGCGACAGGUGUGGAACAAGUCUCAGUGGGUGAGCUGUACGUGUCAGACAAAUGUGGCAGCGACCAGGAUGGAGAUGGCACGGAGCAGAAACCCUUCAAAACUCCUCUCAAGGCUCUGUUGUUUGCUGGAAAGGAGCCGUUCCCGACCAUCUACGUAGAGUCUCAGAAGGAGGGAGAGCGCUGGGCGGUGAUCUCGAAGACGCAGAUGAAGAACGCAAAGAAGGCUUUUAACCGCGAGCAGAUGAAAAACGAUGCCAAAGACAAGAAGGAGGCCGAGGACAACGAGAGGAGAGAGAAGAACCUGGAAGAAGCCAAGAAGAUCGUCAUCGUGAACGACCCCAGCCUGCCCGAGCCCGAAACGGUUAAAAUCCAUCGUCUCAAAGAAAAGAGAGGCCAGAGGGUCAGAGUGUUUGGAUGGGUUCAUCGCCUCAGGAGGCAGGGGAAGAACCUGAUGUUCAUUGUGCUGAGAGAUGGAACCGGUUUCCUGCAGUGUGUCCUCUCUGAUCAGCUGUGCCAGUGCUACAACGGCCUGGUGUUAUCCACAGAGAGCACGGUGGCUGUUUACGGGAUUGUCACCGCCGUUCCUGAGGGGAAACAGGCGCCCGGAGGCCACGAGCUGCACGGCGACUUCUGGGAGCUGAUUGGCUUAGCUCCGGCGGGCGGCGCUGACAACCUUCUGAACGAGGAGUCGGACGUGGACGUCCAGCUGAACAACCGGCACAUGCUGAUCAGAGGAGAGAACAUCUCCAAGAUCCUCCGAGUCCGAUCCACGGUCACGCAGUGCUUCAGGGACCACUUCUUCGGCCGUGGAUACUACGAGAUCACUCCUCCGACUCUGGUGCAGACUCAGGUGGAGGGUGGCUCCACGCUCUUUAACCUCAACUACUUUGGUGAGCAGGCGUACCUGACGCAGUCCUCGCAGCUCUACCUGGAGACCUGCAUACCCGCCCUGGGCGACACCUUCUGCAUCGCCCAGUCGUAUCGGGCCGAGCAGUCUCGCACCCGCCGACAUCUUUCCGAAUACACUCACAUCGAGGCCGAGUGUCCCUUCAUUACGUUCGAGGACCUGCUGAACAGACUCGAGGACCUGGUGUGCGACGUGGUGGACCGAGUGCUCAAAUCGCCCGCCGCAGAGCUGCUCUACGACAUCAACCCCAACUUCAAGCCCCCGAAGAGGCCGUUCAAGAGGAUGAACUACACUGAAGCCAUCGAGUGGCUCAGAGAGCAUGACGUCAAGAAGGACGACGGCACCUACUACGAGUUCGGAGAGGACAUCCCCGAGGCCCCAGAGAGGCUGAUGACCGACACCAUCAACGAGACCAUCCUGCUCUGCCGUUUCCCGGCCGAGAUCAAAUCCUUCUACAUGCAGCGCUGCCCCGAGGACAGACGCCUCACCGAGUCGGUCGACGUGCUGAUGCCAAACGUCGGCGAGAUCGUCGGAGGCUCGAUGCGUAUCUGGGACGCCGAGGAGCUGCUGGAGGGAUACAAGAGGGAGGGAAUCGACCCGACUCCGUACUACUGGUACACCGACCAGAGGAAGUACGGCACCUGUCCUCAUGGCGGUUACGGUCUGGGUCUGGAGCGUUUCCUCACCUGGCUGCUGAACAGACAUCACAUCAGAGACGUCUGCCUGUACCCGCGUUUCAUCCAGCGCUGCCGACCCUGAGCGCACACACACACACACACACAGCAUACCCUGCAUGUGGCAGCGCUCUGUUAGCUGUAAAAAGUGUUGCUGCACAUUAAAUCAAACAACAGAAUCCAGUUUUGUCCGUGUAGCUUUUAUUUCUGAAAUCUGAAGAGCUCAAAGCUUCAUCGUGGACGUCCCGCCGGCCACGCUUCACCUCAGACCUUCGCAGCUUCCUCCGAUGUUAAAAGUGCAUCUGAUCACGUUCAGUGGCUGAGAAUUGUAAGUACAGUCUGCAAGUCCUCCUCUUGAAUGUUGCAAAAUAUUAGCUUAGUCCGCCUUAAAUUAUUUUUUUGCCUUUAACGUUGAACCUGCAGCCACACGUUUCAUAAGUGCUCGAAUCCACCUUCAGAAUAAUUUUCAGGAGGUUCGUGUUUGUGUCAAAUUUGUGUAGAAAAAUCACAAAAGUUUUCUCAUGCACUGAAGAAAAGUCUCCACCUGUCAGCGGCUGAAAAAUCUGAAUACAGGAAUAAAACGGGUGGACUUCCGUACUGAGCGCACAGACUCAUCAGUGUUCCCUGAAGACCGGACAUUAAAGUUACACAGCAGUGAGGUUUCCGUCCUUCAGCCACACAGAAGGACCUCAGCAUUGCUUCUGCGCACAUUCCUGGGACAUUUUUCUGAAAUAAAACGAGCAGCGGUCUGUCUUCAUACUGUACGCGUGGGCCUCGGGGGUCUUACUGUGUUCCUGUUCUGCCUCUUCAUCUGAAAUAAACAAAAACUCACUGCAAUAAAAACGUGA